AACUAGGUGCUUUUAGUACACGUCUAGCUUUGGCUGCUGUAUGAACGAGUUUCAAGGCUCCCUUGUGUGUAAUUUACUGCGAGUUUGCUGAGCUUCUAAAAGGACUCGGCGAUUGCGUGUUCUUGUGUUCUUUGUUCGUCGGUGAGAAGUAACGAGUCGUCGAUCGCCAGCGUACUAGAAACAAUCAACUAGGCGAUGUAAACGGUCACCGUGAACCGAUCACAGUAUCCUGCAACUAUUUUGAGCUUGUGUCGGCUACAAUUCAAGUGUUAAAGCUUCUAUUUUUCGCCUGUAAACCGCCAGGAUUCGUCUUUUUCGGUGUCGUGUACCAACCCGGUCACCUGUCAGUGCGUCAGUGUCAAUGUCGUUGGCUUCUAAGCGAGGACUAUUUUUCGACGAUCGCCCACCACCACCACUAUCGCCACUCCGACCCACCGCGACCGUCACGCUUCGAACGUGACACAGCUGAGUUGAGCGACUUUUUCGUUACGAUACUGUUUUGGAUCAAAUAUUUUAUUUUAUUUUUCCUGAGCUAACGCGAGCGGAGGGUCAAACUAAGGAAAAACAAACAACAGCCUACACACCGACAAGAAGUCAACUCAAGCCACGCACCACCGACCCGUGUCUCCGACAGGUCUCUAAUCGUGUACUAUUUUAUGGAAAAAAUAACGAAGGAAAAAUAAUAAUUUAUACGCCCGUAACGGAAGCGAAUUCGUGCAGUGAGGUGUAUCGGAUAUUUUACCGGCGCGCAAGUGUGUGUAUUUGUGUGGUAGCCUUAGCAAUAUAAAUUUUACUACAAAGUAACCGGCCGCGAAGGUAUUUUUUGUGUGUUUUAAAUCGACCAUUUUUGAAGUCACCCUCUUAACGCCGCACCGAAUCGGCCGAAAUUUUAAAGAAAAGCUUUCAAGCGUGUGAGUGCACCCGCGGCAUCGACACUCUGACAACGGAUUGGAUCAUCACCGGUGGAAACGAUUGCCCAGGCUAAGAGAAGCCCAACAACCAUGACGGCGGACAAGGGCCACACCAACACGGCGUUCGUCGGCGACGAGGGAAUCAAUGGCAAAAAGCCACCCCAGCCAAAGACGAUCGACCCGAACAUGUACAGCCUGGAGAUCCAGGAGAAGAAACCCGGACUGGAGGCGGACUAUGAUCCGCAUCUGCACCGACAAGUGGAGCACCCGACGAGCAACAACGAGACCCUGAUUCACCUGCUGAAGGGAUCGCUCGGUACCGGCAUCCUGGCCAUGCCGAACGCCUUCCAUCACGCCGGCUGGACGGUGGGCGUCGUCGGCACGUUGCUGAUCGGCAUGCUCUGCACCUACUGCAUCCACCUGCUGAUCAAGGCCGAGUUCGAGCUGUGCAAGCGGAGGCGCGUACCAAGCCUCAACUAUCCCGCCGUCACGCAGGCCGCCCUUCUGGAGGGACCGGAAGCACUGAAGCCACUGUCCAAGGUUAUCAUCCACAUCGUGAACGUUUUUCUGCUGAUCUACCAGCUUGGCACGUGCUGCGUCUACGUCGUGUUCGUGUCCACUAACAUUAAAGCCAUCGCCGACUACUACACCGAAGUCGACACCGACGUGCGGCUGUACAUGCUCAUCAUACUCUUGCCACUGAUCUUGAUUAAUUGGGUGAGAAAUCUGAAAUUCUUGGCACCCUUCUCGACGAUCGCUAAUUUCGUCACGCUCGUCUCGUUCGGCAUCAUCCUGUACUACAUCUUCCGCGAGCCGAUCUCGUUCGCCGAGCGCGAGAAGGUUGGCACCAUGAGCGGCUUUGCGCUCUUCUUCGGCACCGUACUGUUUGCGUUGGAGGCGAUCGGUGUGAUCCUGCCGCUGGAAAACGAGAUGAAGACGCCGAAAAAGUUCGGAGGAAACUUCGGCGUGCUGAACAAGGCCAUGAUACUGAUCGUCGCGCUGUACGUCGGUAUGGGAUUCUUCGGAUAUCUGAACUAUGGGGCGGCCAUCAAGGGAUCGAUUACGCUGAACCUGCCCGAGGAGGAGAUUCUGGCGCAGUGCGUGAAGGGAAUGCUGGCCUUUGCCAUCUACAUUACCCAUGGGCUGGCGUGCUACGUAGCGAUCGAUAUUACCUGGAACGACUAUCUGAAGAAGAACCUCGGAGACUCUCCCCGGAGUGUGUUCUACGAGUACAUUGCUCGGACCGUUCUCGUGUUGAUCACAUUCCUGCUUGCCGUUGCCAUUCCCAAUCUGGAGCUGUUCAUUUCCCUGUUCGGAGCUCUCUGCCUGUCCGCGCUUGGUAUCGCCUUCCCGGCCCUCAUCCAGACCUGCACCUACUGGCACCAGCGACAAGGCUCGGCCAAGCUGUGGAUGAUCCUGAAGAACAGCGUCAUUGGUCUCGUAGCCAUACUCGGGCUGUUGAUCGGUACCUCGACCAGCAUGAUCGAAAUCGUUCACACCUUCAGCGACGACAACUAGAGCCGGCCCCACGGCUGUGUGCGCUAGCAAUCAGCGAUAUCCCAACAUCCGCGUCCAGCGCGAACUGAUGAUUCGCGCCGUCUCUUCGCCUUUUUACAAUAAGUAUUAUUCGACAUGUAAACAGAGCGCACCUGGCGACCAAUAGAAAGUGCACUACCGUUCCCAGAGGAAAAUCGUUGAUGGGUGUAUGCCGUGCAGGAGUGCAGGAGUGCGGAAGAGUAAGAAAGCCAUAACCAUUCCUACGAGAGAUGCAUAGUUGAAGUUAGAUGAAAAUGUUAGCUAUAGCGAACGAUCCUCCAUUAUAUCAUACCGAUCCGCGAUCCGCCACCCGUCAGUGUCUGUUAUUAUUAGCUAAAUGUUAUUUACGCGCAUGUGUGUCCACCACACUGACAUUGGUCUGUGUCAUACUUGCCUAUGAGUUUUAAUAAGAGAAAGAGUUUUCCCAUUGAAAAUUUUGUGAAUGUUUCCUAAGAUCGCAACGAUCGACUGUGAAGAGGUAGGCUGAGCGAAGUGCGAGGAAGGAGCCCACCUGGACGAAUGUUAGAACUGUAAGACUAGCUUGGCUAAGUGAUGCUGUUAGUACUGGCCGUACUGCGAAAACGUUGUGUACAUAGAGUAAGAGAAAAAUGCAAUAAACACGUAUUUUAAACAAUU